AUGGCGGCCAAGACUCUCAAAGUUGCCGUCGUUCCAGGCGAUGGCAUUGGCACCGAGGUCAUGCCGCAGGGCGUCCGGUGCCUCGAGGCAAUUUGCAAGGCAUACGAAAUCACCUUUGAAUUUGAGUGGUUCGAUUUUGCCAGCUGUCGCCAUUACCUAGAUCACGGGGAUAUGCUCCCUCCAGACUGGAAGGAAAAGUUGAUGCGUUUCGACGCCAUCUACUUUGGUGCCGUCGGCCUGCCCGAUGUUGUCGCCGACGACGUCUCUCUGUGGGGGAGCCUCCUCAAGUUUCGCCGGGAAUUCGAUCAGUACAUCAAUCUCCGCCCGUGCCGCCUGAUGCCGGGGAUCCGGAGCCCGCUCGCGGACCGCAAACCGGGGGACAUUGACUUUUGGGUAGUCAGGGAGAACACCGAGGGCGAGUACAGCAGCAUCGGCGGUAAAAUGUUUGAGGGAACCGAGCGGGAGAUUGUCAUUCAGGAAACAGUCAUGACGAGAGUUGGAGUAGACCGGGUUCUACGUUACGCGUUUGAACUCGCCCAGAGUCGUCCGCGGAAGAAGCUUACCAGCGCGACCAAGAGCAACGGCAUCAACACCACCAUGCCUUAUUGGGACUCGCGAGUUGUCGAGAUGGCAAAGAGCUUUCCCAAUGUUCACGUCGACAAAUAUCACAUUGACAUUCUCACUGCACACUUUGUCCAGCGUCCAGACAUGUUCGAUGUCAUUGUCGCCAGCAACCUGUUUGGCGACAUCCUCUCGGACCUGGGGCCUGCCUGUACAGGGACAAUCGGAAUUGCGCCGUCCGCAAACAUUAACCCAGACGGCAAGUUUCCGAGCCUGUUUGAACCUGUUCAUGGCAGCGCGCCGGAUAUUGCCGGAAAGGGCAUUGCCAACCCCGUCGGGAUGAUUUGGGCAGGCCAAAUGAUGCUCCAGCAUUUCGGCCACGAGGCGGCGGCAAAGGCGCUCUUGCAGGCCAUUGAGAAUGUUUUGGCUCGCUCAGAUCCGGACAUCAUGACACCGGACAUGGGCGGCCGUGGCACGACGCUGAGUUUUGGAGACGAGGUUGAGCGGGAGAUAUUGAAAGCGAGCGGGCAAUGA